UACUGUCCCGUACUUCCGGGUCUCUUGCUCUACAGCGCAGCAGCAAAGCGCAACACCUCACUGCUGGCUGGGUGUUUUGUCGCCACAUUGCCUGUCCAAACGAGGCACCGGCCUCAUGUCCGAGCGGCCUCAGUCUUUGAGAAGCGUUUGAGAAAUGUGUCAUCCGCGUGCGGAGGAGGCGAGAGUCCGCAGCUUUGAUCAAACAGAUAAACCAUCAUGAUUCCCAUCACAGAGCUCCGGUAUUUUGCUGACACUCAGCCUGCGUACCGCAUCCUGAAACCAUGGUGGGACGUUUUCACCGACUACAUCUCGAUCGUCAUGCUGAUGAUUGCAGUGUUCGGUGGGACGCUGCAGGUCACGCAGGACAAGAUGAUCUGCCUGCCCUGCAAGUGGAUCGUAAACAAGCAAUGCAAGAUCAUGCCGCUCCCCAAUACGACCGCCCCCUAUGCGCCCGAGCCCAAAGGCAUCCAGUACGACCUUGACCGACACCAGUACAACUACGUAGACGCCGUCUGCUAUGAGAACAAACUCCACUGGUUUGCCAAAUAUUUCCCCUAUCUGGUGUUGCUGCACACUCUCAUCUUCCUGGCGUGCAGCAACUUCUGGUUCAAAUUCCCACGCACCAGCUCCAAACUGGAACACUUUGUCUCCAUCCUCCUCAAGUGCUUUGACUCCCCGUGGACAACGAGGGCUUUGUCCGAGACCGUGGUGGAAGAGAGCGACCCCAAACCGGUGGGGAAAAUGAACGGCUCCACGGACAAAAAAACAUCUAGCGUGAGCGAGGACGUCGAAGCGAGCGUGCCCAUGCUUCAACGAACCAUGUCUCGAAUAGAGCAGGGGAUCGUGGACCGCUCGGAUACUGGGGUUUUAGACAAAAAAGAAGGGGAGCAAGCAAAGGCGCUAUUUGAGAAGGUGAAAAAAUUUAGGAUUCAUGUGGAGGAAGGUGAUAUAGUGUACAGACUCUACAUACGACAGACUAUUAUCAAGGUUAUCAAGUUUAUACUCAUUAUUAGCUACACAGCCUACUAUGUCCAGCACAUUAGAUUCAAUGUAGACUGUGCAGUGAACAUUGAAAAGCUCACAGGGUACAGCAUGUUCCAAUGCGCUCACCCCUUAGCCACUCUUUUUAGGAUACUGGCCUGUUUCUAUAUCAGCUUGGUUGUAGUCUAUGGACUCAUCUGCAUGUACACGCUCUGCUGGAUGCUCAGCCGCUCCCUCAAGCGAUACUCCUUCGAGUCGAUCCGUGAGGAAAGCAGCUACAGUGACAUUCCAGACUUGAAGAACGAUUUCGCCUUCAUGCUGCACAUGAUCGACCAGUACGAUCCGCUCUACUCAAAGCGCUUCGCCGUGUUUCUGUCGGAGGUUAGCGAGAACAAGCUGAGGCAGCUGAACCUCAACAAUGAGUGGACGUUGGAGAAGCUGAGGCAGCGAAUCACCAAGAACUCUCAAGAUAAGCUGGAGCUGCACCUCUUCAUGCUCAGCGGCAUCCCCGAUACAGUGUUCGAUUUGAUUGAACUUGAGGUGCUCAAGCUGGAGCUCAUCCCGGACGUAACUAUCCCACCAAUCAUCGCCCAGCUUUCCAGCUUGAGAGAGAUGUGGCUCUAUCACACACCUGCAAAAAUCGAGGCUCCGGCAUUGGCGUUCCUGAGGGAAAACUUGAAAUCUCUCCAUAUUAAGUUCACUGAUAUCAAAGAGAUCCCACUGUGGAUCUACAGCUUGAAAAACCUGAGGGAGCUGCAUCUAACUGGAAACCUGAGUGCUGAGAACAAUCGCUUUAUAGUCAUCGACGGGCUCAGAGAGCUCAAAAGUCUGAAAGUCCUCCGUCUGAAAAGCAAUCUGACAAAGCUUCCUCAGGUGGUAACCGAUGUCGGCGUGCACCUUCAGAAGCUUUCCAUCAACAACGAAGGCACCAAGCUGAUGGUUCUCAACAGCCUGAAGAAAAUGGUCAACCUGACGGAGCUUGAACUCGUGCGCUGUGACCUUGAACGCAUCCCACAUUCCAUCUUUAGUUUGCACAACCUGCAGGAGAUUGACCUGAAGGACAACAACCUGAAGACCAUCGAGGAGAUUAUCAGCUUCCAGCAUCUGCAUCGCCUAGUGUGCCUCAAGCUUUGGUACAACCAGAUAGCCUAUAUUCCCAUUCAGAUUGGAACCCUUACCAACAUGGAGCGGCUGUACCUGAACAGAAACAAGAUCGAGAAGAUCCCCAGCCAGCUUUUCUUCUGCCGCAAGUUGCGCUUCCUGGACCUGAGCCACAACAACCUGACCAGCAUCCAUUCUGACGUGGGCUUCUUACAAAACCUGCAGUACCUCGCUGUGACAGCGAACAGGAUCGAGACUUUGCCCCCCGAGCUGUUCCAGUGUAAGAAGCUGCGGACUCUCAACCUGGGCAACAACUGCUUGCAGACGCUGCCGUCGCGCUUCGGAGAACUCACCGGCCUCACCCAGCUGGAGCUGAGAGGGAACCGACUCGAGUGCCUUCCGGUGGAGCUGGGAGAGUGCCGCCUGUUGAAGAGGAGCGGCCUGGUGGUGGAGGAAGACCUGUUUAACACGCUGCCGUCAGAAGUCAAAGAGCAGCUCUGGAGGGCCGAUAAGGAACAAGCCUGAGCCAAAGAAAGAAGGCGGACCAGAAGAACAAACAGAGAAGCAGAGGUUUUUUAAACCAGCUUGUUACAGAUGCCUAGAGGGAUAAUUGCAGCCGUUUGUUUGGUACUAGCCAAUUAAGAAUGUCAGGCUUUUGGACUGGACUUCUUUUUUAGGAAGUCUAAUUACUAAGUUCCUUGAAGAAAGUGGCUUUUCCGCCUCCUGACCAUAAGAUCCUGAGAACGACAAGCAGAAAGUAUUGAAUAUGCAUGCCAUAGUAGUACUUUUUCCAGAACUCAUUAUAGUAAGACUGUUUUCAAGGACAGUGACCUGGAAGUGCUCACCAUCAUUAUUUUGCUGAUCAAAGGAAAUCUGCACAAGUUGAUCACACUCACUCACAGCAGUGUUGCCUGCCCUUCCUUCACUUUUGGAGUGUUUCUCACUUCAUAAAAGAAUCAGUCGAGGCUCAACUGAUUUAUUGUUUUUGGCCCUUCCACCUGCUUGAAGACGUCUUUUUACCCAAACAGACGAACAACUUCAAAGAGGAGCUGUCAGGUAUUCAGCGGGACAUUCAUUUAUAACGGGAAGCUGUCGUGGAGAAAUCCGCCUUUCUUUUGGAUCGCUUUGUUUACCAGUUUAGUCACCUCAUUUUAGCUCUAAAAUCAUGCAGUAUUGAUGUGUCUUAAUGGUCGGCAAAAGAGGGCCUUUAUGUCCAAAUUUUUUUUAGUUACUUUAAAAUUCAACCACAUUUUUACUUAAACACGAGUAACAAAACUACUGACUGAAAGUACAGCUUAAAUGCAUUUUAAGUGACCUUUUAUGCAUUUCAUGAAUUAAAAAAAAGUGGAUGUUUUCACGUUGUAGAAACACUUCUCCUCGAGCUGGUCAUGAAUGCACGUGGCGCUUUGAUCAGAUUAUGUCCGACACUGCCAGUUUAAACAAAUAUCCAUCCUUUUUGACUCUUUUUAGACGCACACUUGCUGUAUGUCAUGUUUAGUUUACCCCCGGUUGUUUAUCUUUUGGAGCGUUUUUGUUGCUGAUGUUUGUUCCUUUCUUUGGGCACAUGAGCAUAAACAGGAAAUUGCAGAGUUAGAUAGAACUGGUUUGGACCGGCCUUCCAAAGGGAAAGAUUACUGUGCACAGUAAGUUUGCCGAAUAUCCAUUAACCAAAUGAGGGCAACGUGCUCUGUCUGCUUGAAACACUUUUCUUUAUAAGAUCUGGGGUUUAAUAGGAUCAUUUGGAAGUGAUCCGCCAUGUUUACUUCUGCCAGGCGUCUCUUGCUGCAAGUAUGGCCUUAGCUUUUACAAGCUAUACCCUGUUAAUGAUCGCAACCGUCAUCGGGGCCUUUUUUCUUGUGUUGUAAAAAUGUAUAGCUUCGAUAUUUAAUGUCUUUGUUAAAUGUGCAUCACAUGGUUUUAUUCUUACCAGGUGUUGUUUUGUUUUAGCUUGUUAGGAAAUUCAGAGCAGGGCUGAUCGUAAUGGUUUGCACCUCUUUGUUGACUGAAUCUUGUUUUUAUUGAGGCCUUGUUUAAGUACAGAUUCCUUUCAGGAGAAAUCCUUUUUAUGCCAAGUAAACAAGUUUAUCGAGAUAAACUGCAGCCCUGUUAAACGCCAAACAGUAUAUGCAAAAAGGUAGCAGCCAAGUUAAAGAAGAAAGACACUUAUUUUGAAAGAAUGGUUGUAUUUGUUUUUUUCAUUUUUUGUGUGGAGGUUAAAACAUCAAGUUAUCUCAUAUUCUGGAUAUAAAAACACUCCAUUGUGUAUUAUUUACCACAAAUUUUAUAUUUACUACACAAAAUUAGCUUAUUAGGAAAAUGUAACAGAGAAUUACCAAAUACUCUUGACUAAUUAGUAAUUAGGAUUACAUUUCUAGUAAUUCUCUGUUUGCUGUCGAGGUUCAAACACAUUUUCAAGUUCAAGAAAGUUCUCAGUGAGAAGCUGAAGUCCAGAAUUCUACAGCAGGAAUUUCAUCCUCAUCAUGAAUUAAAUCCAUGAAAACCUCUACAACGGUCCCCAAACCCCCGGCUGCACCCCGCUACCGAUCUGUGGUACCGCGUAAAAUACCAACAUAUUCUCACAUUCUGGGCCCUCUCCGCGUCUUUUUUUGACGUUUUGGUGUCCCCAACUCGUCGUUUUUUUUUUUAUGUGCAGGCGGUUCCCAUAAAAUCAGGGGUCCCCCAACCUCCGGGCUGUGAACCGGUACCGGUCCGAGGGUCGCUUGGUACCAGGAAAAAAUGUAUACACUAAUCAGGGGUCCCCAACACUCAAUUGAGGUGGACCGGACCAGUACCCUAACCCUCACCACUACAUUGAUUCAAUUUUGACGCAUGUCAAGUCACAUGUGGAAAAAACAUACAUUUCUAAUUUUCCUGCGCCGACGGCUAAAUGGAAACCCGCAAGCUUGCAAAGUUAGCAAACAAAGCGUAUUUGGAAAGUUUCUUUUUACAGAAAAUGAAAUGGAAGAAGAGCUUUUGACUUCAAAGAAAACUUUAUAACAGACUAAAACCAGGAGUCUUUACUCCAAAUAUGGAUUUAUUUCAACAGCUUUUCCCACGCACCUUAAUAAAAAUCCAACAAUACGCCGUCUAGUGUUACAAAGAUGCUGCUAAUAAAGUUAAUCAAACAAUGGAUUCAAAAAGUUUUAGUGACAGUUUUACUUCUUUUAGUAUUUAUCAGUAAAAGUUGAACAAGGCAAAAGUAGCCUUUUUUUUUAGCUUCCGCUUUGACAGUUAUGGGUUAAGAGAAAAUUGAUACCACAUUUUAAUGGUUCCCACACAACAUAAAGUUUAAACCAGCUGCAGAUAUUUGACAGAACAUGAAAAUAAACUUUACCCUUUAAAAGUUAAGGGAAACUGGAUUAAAAAAAUAUUUUAAAAAAAUCCGACACCCACUUCAGGCUUGCCUUUUUCUUUAUAAUUUUUUGCCCCUAAAAACCUGAAGUGGUGCCUCAAAAAUCCCCUAAAUCCUCUUGGUCCAUCUUAGAUUCAUCUGCCCUGUAAAUGGGAUCUGAUGGGAACAGUUCCAUACAAAAGAUCAUAUCGUCACGGUAACGUAGCUUCACUCCGUUGCAGCAAAGGUCAUAUGUUAAAAUACACACUCAGGUGUGUGAUAACUUAACCUGCUUAACCUUUGUGUGAAAUAUUAACUGCCUGAACCAUUCACUAGUUGAAGAAAAUUAACCAAUAGUGGAGACUGCAAUGCAUCUUGGGAGCUUGAAGUUCUACAAGCUUUCCCUUUGUAGAAUUAUUCAAUACUUUUUUAUUUGCUUUACUGAAUUCAAAUAGAACAAGUUCAGCAACUUUAGUUCUCAAAAUUUUGAAAAAAGUUAAAAAAAAGUGAGUAAAAAAUCCCCAAAAAGUUUUAGUUUUGGUAAAAAUAAAUCCCCAAAUAACGAGCUUUUACUUUUGGAAUAUGAAAGUCUCAUGGAUGUCAGCUGGUUUAAGGUGUUUGAAUGGCCCAUUAACAAAACAAAAUGUGAACCAAAGACACUUUUUAAAUGUGGAUCUAAAACUGUUGAUUUUUCCACUUAAUUCUACAUUUUUGGUUCAGUUUUGACAGCAUAAAAUGGUAAAAAGAUACCAGUCAGCCUCACUCUUUCACCACAGCAGGUACUUCAUUAAAAAGUGUGCUUUGAUGUUGAGUUUGGUACAUAAUCACAACUGAUUGUAGAUGUUUUUAUUUUAGGAUGCCUUUAAACUAAGAGGGAAGGGGUUGAAAAACUGAUGGUAAAAAUGUGUUCAUACAGAUUUGUGCCAAAGUUUGUCAUCUUUUCACUGAGUCACAGCUUAGGAUGUAACAUUUUCAUCAGACGUCAGCAUCGAGUCCCAAUGACUCAUGGGAGAGGGGGGUCAGGUCAUGGACCAAACCAGUUCUCCUCAUGAGUCAUUCAGGUGAAAGUUUAGGACAGUCGAAUGUUUGUUGGAAGCCUUAGAAAACAGAAAUCUAGCUUUUUACUUUUAUUACUACAACUUUACAAGUGUCCUGGUUUAUUAUAAACCUAUUUGUGUUUUUUUAUUUUAAUAAAUAUACUUGUUUUAGUUGGGUUGAUGUCUUUUUUUUGUUUUUUUGUUUUGUUUGUUUUAACUGACACAACUAACUUUUUUUUUUUAGACAUGAAAUGCAAAAUUCAAGGUGUUGGUGGAAUCAUUUUAAUUUCCCAAAAUGUUUUUUGAACACAAUUCCUGUUAUCACCAAACUGCCAUGAUUACAAUUAUGUUAAAAAAUGAUUGUAUUGAAUCAUUGGGGGCCUACAGAUCAGAAACUAACUUUUAUUUUUCUGUUUUUUAUUUUGUUUGUUGUUUUUUCUUAAACCCCUGAACCCCCACGUAGACAUGAUCUGGUUGCAGACAGUCGUAUCACUUUGGACGGCCUUCACUCCGUCCUUGCCUCGUACCUGGACACUGGAUUACUACAAGAGUGGGAUUUUGAUUUCCAAAUGUUCAGCCCCUUCUUUUGUACCAUUCUGACACACGAUAAUAAAGGUAACACUAAACUCUG